AGCACAUGGACAACGAUGUCCAGAUUAUUACUGCGUUACCUGUGUCUAACAAUUUCUUUCGUACUCUCAAAUUGCGAAAUUUACAAGGAUCGGCCUAAAAUAAAGUCUAAAGAUGGAGAUCUCUAUUUGCAACCAGCAUAUGAUAGGAGCAUAUAUUUAAGCACUAAUGGCCCACGAUCUACUGUUUUCGUUGGUGAAAUCAACUUACUCAACGUUAGCACCCAUAAUAAAAUCGAGACGUAUCAACCCGUACAGAACGACGACAUCGAUAAACUACUAAACGGUCGCAAUGGUAUAUUACAAAGGCUUGAAACGUUGGAAAAUCAAAACUUGAUAUUACCUAGUGAUCUGCAACAUAACAUAUCUGUGAUCUGGACAAGAAUUAAUAGAAUAACGAACAGAAUCCAUAACCUUCAAACACAACUCAAUAAUAGAGGUAAAGAUGAUUGUCAAUCACAUACAUGUCUAAAUGGAGGCACUUGUUUACAUUUGGUGAAUGGAUAUCAUUGUUUAUGUCCUUCCAAUUGGGAAGGACGAAAUUGUGAAGUCGAUGUCAACGAAUGCCGAAACUUUUUUGGUACAGACUUGGGCUGUCAGAAUGGAGCAACAUGCAUUAAUAGACCUGGUACUUACGAAUGCUUGUGCAGAUCAGGAUGGCUUGGAAUUCAUUGUACGAGUAGGGAGAAAGAUUGUUCCGGAGGAAAUUAUGAAAUGUGUGGUCACGGUACUUGUGUUGCAGUCACAUCUGGCGUGGGUAUCAAAUGCAUUUGUGAUCAAGGCUGGACUACAAAUGGGACUGCAGUAGCAUGUCUAACUGACGUGAAUGAAUGUGAUACAAGUCUAGGUCCCCGUUGCUCUAUUAAUCCUAAAGUGGAAUGUAUCAAUCUUCCGGGAUCAUUUCGCUGUGGUCAAUGCCCACCGGGUUAUGACGGAGAUGGAUACAGUUGCUACGAUAUAAACGAAUGCCAAACUAUCCCUAACGGUGGAUGUAGUCCUUUGGUAGCAUGUCACAAUACUAUAGGUUCUCGUAUAUGUGGUCUUUGCCCACCUGGAUACCAAGGUGAUGGCAUAACAUGCUCAUGGAGGGGCUCUUGCAGUAUUAAUCACGGGGGAUGUCAUCCAUCGGCGCAAUGUAUCGAAAACAUGGCAUUUGGUGGUCAAAUUGCACAAUGUCUAUGUCCUGAUGGCAUGGAUGGAGAUGGAGUUGGACUCGACGGGUGUUAUAUAUCAGCAAGCAACAAUUCCACUCACAGUUGUGUGGACGAACCAUGUGGUCCUCAUGGACAAUGCCACAUGCUCCGGACAGGAUACACUUGUUUAUGCUACAGAGGAUUCACGGGAGCCCGUUGUAAUAUUACACAAGAUUACUGUGCCAACAACCCAUGCCAAAACGGUGGUGUAUGCAGAACAGACGAAUCAAUGGCAAAAGGAUUCCGUUGUGAGUGCAGUGCAUUAUAUACAGGAACAAUGUGUCAGGUACGUGCUAGAAAUUGCGGAGGUUUACUAGAUAAUGAGGAGGGCAGUAUUGUUUAUCCCAUAUCUAAUACCACUUAUGAACAUAAUUCCAAAUGCGCCUGGGUUAUUCAUACUGCACCAAAUAAAGUUAUCAAUGUUACUUUUAGCAAAUUUAAUUUAGAAUUAGAACCUGAAUGUCGGUAUGAUUUUUUACAAAUGCAUGAUGGUCAAAGUUCCUCUAGUCAACUUAUAGGUAGAUUCUGUGGUAACAAAUUUCCUAAGGGUGGUAACAUUAUAUCGAGUCACAAUAAUUUGUAUCUCUGGUUUCGUUCGGACAAAACAGUAGCCAGAGAUGGCUUUGCAAUGCAUUGGAAUAGUAUAGACCCAAUUUGUGGUGGUGAAAUAAAUGCUACCACACACGGCCAUAUCAGCUCUCCAGGAUCGCCUGGAAAGUAUCCACCUAAUCGAGACUGCUAUUGGCAUUUAACUACUUCUUUUGGCAAGAAAAUACAAUUACAUUUCUUCGAAUUCGACAUUGAAGCACAUGCUAACUGUAGUUAUGAUUAUUUAGCUAUUUAUGAUGGAGAACACUCUUAUGACCCACUUCUUAAUAAAUAUUGCAACUCAACCCAGCCAGCGCCUGUCCAGUCAGCAGGCUCGGAAUUAUUAAUUCAUUUUCACUCAGAUGCUUACAGUUCCGGUAACGGAUUCCAAAUAGCAUAUGCCCCUAUAAACGGGGUGCCAGGGUGCGGGGGGUACUUUACUGAGGAACAUGGAGACAUCGUAUCACCAACAUACAAUGGAUUUUAUUUAAACAACCUAAUAUGCGAAUAUAAAAUUAAAACUAGUCCAGACACGAAAAUAAAAAUUAUCUUUAAAAGCUUUAACAUAGAGAGAUCUUUAAGAUGUCACUAUGACUAUUUAAAAAUUUACGAUGGACCAUCUUCAGAUUCACGUUUAGUCGGCAAAUUUUGCGGCGAUGUGAAUUAUCCAAAGUUUUAUGUUUCCUCUUCAAACUUUUUGUUCUUUAUAUUCAGAACUGAUCGCACUAAAACAUUGGAAGGAUUUAGAAUAAGUUAUAAAUCCAUAUGCCAGUACACUAUAACCGGAGAUAGUGGUGUAAUAAAAUCACCUGGAUAUCCUUUCAAUUACCCAGUGAAUAAAGUAUGUGAAUAUAUCAUCGAAACUAUUCCUGGAAAGGCGAUACAAUUAACUUUCAAAGAUUUCGACAUCGAAGAUAACCGAUAUUACAGUUGCCAAUACGAUAAUUUAGAAAUAAGAGAUGGCCCUAACGUAAAUUCCACUCUUCUUGGAAAAUAUUGUGGAGGUACGGAGCACAUCCCUCCUACACAAACUUCCACCCAUAACUUCUUGUACUUAAAAUUUACUUCCGAUAUAAGUAUUUCCGGCACUGGUUUCUACGCAAACUACACUACACUUGAUGUCGAAUGUGGUGGUAUAUAUAAACAAACAACUGGUCUUAUUAAUCAUCCAUCUGAUGAUUCACUAUACAAAAACGAACAAAAUUGCACUUGGAUUUUGAUCGCACCCGAGGGAAUGCAUAUAAAACUAAAUUGGAAUAGUUUUGAUUUGGAAGAAAUGCCAUCAUGUGAUAGUGACUAUUUGGAAAUUAUCGAAAUGGAUAGUAAUAAUAAAUACGAUACCAUGGGCAAAUAUUGUGGAACUGUUUUACCUCCCGCUGUAACAACAAUGACAAAUCGUCUUAUUCUUAAAUUUGUUUCAGACCGAACUAUUCGCUCUGCAGGUUUCUCAGUAUCCUAUACAUUUUUAAAUUCAAGGUCUCAUUGCGGAGGUACCUAUGUGAAAACUCACGGAUUUAUUUAUUCUCCAGAUUGGCCUAAAAAUUAUGAACCUAAUCGUGAUUGUGUCUGGACCAUCAAAGUUCCUGCAGGGCAACAGAUUUCUCUUAAUGUUUCUCAGUUUGAUUUAGAGAGAUCUAUUCGCAACAAAUGUGAUAUUGGAGAUUAUUUGGAAAUACGAAAUGGUGCUACAGCAAAUUCACCGCUGAUCGAUAAAUAUUGCGGUCACUUCAAUUGGAAGCGUUUUAUUUCAACGGGCAAUUCAUUAUAUCUACAUUUUCAUUCUGACUUCUAUAUGGGGGGAGCUGGUUUCAAAAUAGAAUGGGAUGGUACUCUUCAAGGUUGUGGUGGAACAUUAACAAGUUCUAGUGGAUCUAUAUCCUCUCCUAACUAUCCUGAAGUAUAUGACGAAAACUCUGAAUGCUUUUAUAAAAUUAUUACAAGUCAUGGAUCACGAAUUAGCAUUAGUUUCAAAGAAUUAGAUUUAGAGCGCACGCCACAUUGUAGAGACGAUUAUGUCGAAAUAUUUGAUGGUAGAGACGCUAAUGCAAAGAGUUUAAGGAAAUUAUGUUUCAUGUCACCAGCAGCGAAUGGUAUUGAAACAACGACAAACAUUGCAUAUGUUAAAUUUAGAUCUGAUUUCUAUAUGGGAGGCAAAGGAUUUUUACUUGAUUAUGUUACAAUAUGUAGAAAUAAUAUUACUGGAAGUUAUGGUGUUAUUGAAAGCCCUGACUACCCGAACAAUUAUCCUUUAAAUCUAAACUGCUUAUGGACGAUAAAUGUAUCUAAAGGAAGCAAAAUUAAUGUAACAUUCACACAUUUUGAUGUCUAUAAAUCAAUUCAUCUGCGCCAAUACCGUCGCUGGUGGGCUACGACGUGGCGACCAGGUUGUGAAAGAGAUUAUUUACAACUAAAAGAGCCAUCUCAAUACCAAGAACCAAAUAAACUAUGUGGUACAUCAGUUCCUUCAGCUUUAAGCACAAAAGGUAAUAUAUUAGAAAUAAAAUUUGUAACCGGUCUCUUUAAUUUUCAUUCAGGAUUUCGACUAGAGUGGGUAAGGGAUGGUUGUGGAGGUCACAUCCGUAAAAUGUACGGUGCGUUGUCCAAAAUGGUCGACUCUGGUGGACAAUUGGAAUGUGAAUGGAUUCUAGAAGCACAACCAGGAAUGAGUAUAUUUAUAGUUUUGACAAAAUUAUAUGUUGCGGAUUCGCCAAAUUGUACAACGGAUUCAUUAGAAAUUUACAACGGACCAAAUAUUGACUCGCCACUAAUAUCAAAAAUAUGUCACAAGAAGGACGUAACAAUACAAGGUAACACCAAUUUCCUGCUAGUAAGAUUUAUAAAACAAUCAACGUUAAAAGAUGUUCAUUUUGAGAUACAAUACACUUCAGCUAAAUCUGUUUGCGGCGGCGUAUAUAACUCAGUCUCAGGUUUCAUUACUUCGAAAAAUUACCCGAAAAAUUAUGAAAAUAACAUGGAUUGUACUUGGUCCAUAACUGUCGGUGUGAAUCAUCGAAUUGAAUUAAAUUUCGUUGAUCUUGAUCUAUACUCUAACGUUAACUAUGACAUACCAGUUUGUGGUGAUUCGAUUAGAUUAUACGAUAGUAUGGACAUAUCAAAUUCAAACUAUACAGAUAUAAUUUGCCCAAAUUCACAUACCUCACAAUAUAUUUCGAAGGGAAACACACUUUUAUUACAGUUCAUAACUGAUAAUUAUGGGACAGCAAAAGGUUUUAAGAUAAAUUUUAGUGAAACAUGUGGUGCAGCAAUAGUAGCAGCUUACGAUGGAAUAAUAACGAAUGAUAAAUUUAUUAGUAACUCCAAUUUAAGUUGUGUCUGGACCAUUUCGGCUCCUGUCCCUGACAAAAAAAUAUCAUUAACGAUAAGUCACAUAUCGUUACCUUAUGAUAGUGAUAUUAAAAACAAAAGCUGUCCUUCUUCUUAUUUAAGAAUUUAUGAUGGAGACGAUGAAAAUGCUCCUGUUAUUGACGAAUACUGUGGACAUCGAAUACCCUCCAUGAUUGUCAGUCAUGGUAGCGCUAUUACUGUACAACUUGGCACUAAUACUGAUAAAAUUAUAGGCCAUUUUUCUGCACAUUAUACCUCCAUAGACUCUGCAUGCGGAGGAACUUUAACUUCAGAAGAAGGCGCCAUAGCUUCACCUGGUUACCCUCGAUCAUACCCAAUAAACGCUAACUGUGAAUGGAUUUUAAAAACAUCUCCAGGAAAUAAAGUGUACAUAGCGUUUGAAUCUUUUAAUAUUGAAUAUUCAGAAGAAUGUAAUGAAGAUUAUUUAGAGAUCCGUGAAAAUAAUGGCGGCGGUCGCCUCAUUGGUGUCUAUUGUGGUGACACUGUACCGAUAAAUACAACAAUAGCUGCAGAGUUAUUCAUUAAAUUUCACAGCGAUAAUAAAUAUAGCGGUCAAGGAUUUCUUAUACGCUAUGGGUUUAUUCAUGGAAACGAAAUCACAAAUCUCGAAAAUGGUGAAAUAGCAUCACCUUUAUAUCCAAUUGCAUACGAUAGGCCAGGUGAAUUCUGGUGGCGAAUUACGAGUGGAGUGGAAGCUAUUACUAUCAUAAUAGACAGAUUAGAAAUUCAUACUUAUGGUGACAUUUGUUACAGUAGCUUAACUGUUUUUGACGGACAUAAUGACGAAGCUCCAGUCAUGGAACAAUUUUGCGGAAUAUUAACAGAAGAAAAAGUACUACACACAUCGUCUAAUGCCGUUUAUAUUAAACUGACAUUAGAUGAGUCCAACAGCGGCGUUUUGUUCCAUCUUCGAUGGUCUCGAGAAAAUAAAGUAGUAGAACCUGAAGGCACUUCAAUUAAUUGUGGUUCUAAUGACACUGAAAUUAUUAUGCCCGGUCACGUCACUGUAUUUACGUCACCUAAUUAUCCUGAAGAAUAUGACAAUAACUUAAACUGCCAAUGGAUAUUUAAAUCGAUGCCAGGCUAUCAUUUAACAUUAAUGUUUAACGAUUUUAACAUUGAAGAAAUAAACAGUUGUUUUGCAGACUUUGUAUCAAUUUAUAAAUCUGAUAACUCAAUUGACUGGAUACCAAUUAAAGAAAAUAUAUGUACUACCGAAAGUACGUCACAAGGUUUUAAUUCAAGCACAUAUUUAAAAAUUACUUUCCAUAGUGAUUUAUCAGUGGUAAAGAAAGGUUUCCAUGGUUUAGUCAAAUCUGUAUGUGGUGGUACAAUUACAGACUUAUCUGGUGAGUUCGGUCCAAUUAUAUCCGAUAAUAUAAAUACCUAUACACAACCAAAGGUAAAGUGUAAUUGGAUAGUAAAAGUUCGUCCAGGCAGACAUAUACAUUUAAUAUUUGAAUAUUUUAAUAUUACAAACAAAGAUGACGAAUGCAAGACAUUUGUUGUUCUGCAUAAUGGCAAUUCAGUGGAUGCACCUUUACUAUCAAGUGGAAAAUAUUGCGGUUACUCGCAUGAGAAUAGAAGUGAAAUAGUUACUUCAAGUAAUACAUUAUUUGUAACGUAUGAAAGUAGUAUUUAUCAUAAUUUGCAGUCUAUAUUUCAUGGUUUCCGUAUACGAUAUGAAGAAGAAGGCAACAAUUGCGGAUCAGUUAGUAAAUUAGACAUUGAUCGUCCGUGGGAAAUUAUAAGUUCACCAAAUUAUCCUUCCAUACCAGAUCCAUAUUCUGAAUGUGUGUGGAAAUUCAGUGGGCCUUUCGGCGAAAUAUUAAAAAUAGAUUUUCUAGACAGAUUUGAUUUAGAUUAUAUAGAAGACUGUCCUACAGAAUCCAUUGAAAUUCACGACGGUUUAUCAGAAUUAGCUCCGAUAAAAGGAAAAUUUUGUGGUGAAAAACCAGGAACUAUCAAAACCAGUAGUAACACACUAUAUAUCAAAUACUUUACUACUUUGUCAGAACCAAGGAAUGGGUUCAAAGCUAAUGUAUCUAUAGAUAUUUGUGGUGGCACUGUAAUUGGCUCAGUAGGUGAAAUAAAAUCACCAGGAUAUCCUAACAUGGUAAAAUUAUCUUCUGGAACGGUUUGUGAGUGGCACUUAAGAGGUAACCCUAGUCAUAUUUUGACUAUUAAGUUAGAGGACUUAGAUUUACUAGAAUCAGAAUCACCAUGUGGUACCAAAGUUACGAUUGAAGAAAAUAUACCUGAGAACAAUACAGUUACUAUAUUAAAGACAUUUUGCUCAGAAAGUGUUUUUAAUAUAGGAUCUGUAGUUGAAACAUCUACAAACGAGGUUACAAUAAAACUACAUCUCGGUAAACCAAGCGAGUAUGCGGUAGUAACUCAUUCACGUGGGUUUAAAUUUACUUUUAAUUCUUCUCUACCAUCUUGUAAUGGAAUUAUUACAACACCUGAGGGAUAUUUAACAACACCAGGAUAUCCUCGUGAAACGUCCAUAAGACAAUGUCAGUGGAGAAUUACAGUUCCCAAUAAAAAACGUAGAGUUCGAUUAGAAUUAUUAGACUUUGAUGUUGAUAAACAGAGAAUCGGUAUAUAUAAUGACAAAAACUUUCAAACUAGCAUAGGAUAUGUGUCUAACAGUGACACCUCUACAAAUAAUACGAGUGUUUUCGAAUCUUCUGGUAACGAACUUGCAUUAUAUAUCUGGUUAAAUAGUUUCGGAAAAACUCACCGAUUUAAAGCAAAAUUUAGUUCUGACGAGGAUGCAUUGUGUGGUGGAACGCUGAGUGGAAUAACUGGGGAAUUGAUAUCCCCAGUUAUUGACCGAUCCUAUUCUUGUAAUUGGCACUACAGCCAGGACUUGUUUGCUGAUUUUAAGAAUUACAGCACCUUGUAUAUUACUGCAACUGUAAACUCAUCAGUAACAAGAUCACGAUGUAGAUACUCUGAUCCUAAAUUAAAGAUAAAAUCAGCUUUUAAUCGUGGAAUGUUUGGUUUUCAUCGAGAAAUUUGCGGCAAUAAUGAAGCUUCAUAUCGGAUACCAACCAAUGUAAUUGACUACAGAGCAACAAAGAGUGAGAGUGAUUCGUUUUACUUCCGAGUUCAAUGGAAGUUGCAACCAUGCGGUGGAUUAAUACAUGCAGGAGAUAAUCCUGUGAAUAUUAUAAAUAUAUCGAACACAUCUCUAUCAAAGUAUACUGUAGACUGUGCUUGGACUAUUCAAUUGCCUCCAGGAAAUAAGGUUGAAUUGAAAUUAGAGGGAUCUUUCUUAUUGGACUGCCCCGACGAGUUCUUAAAAAUAUCCCGUAAUGUCCCAUUUUCAUCUUAUAUAGGAGAUUACUGUAAAAAUAGAAUGCAAGAUGCUGCUAUUGUUGAGUCAUUUUCAAAUAUUGUUGUUGAGUAUCACUCUAGUCCAAAGAAUUCUACAAACAUAAAACUUAUGGUAAAAACUACCAGGCAUGGUUGUGGGGGAUUAUUAGGAGCUUACGAUAGAAUGUUUGCAUCACCUAAUUACCCAAAUGAUUACCUUAGUAACCAAGAAUGCUCAUGGGAAAUUAAAACUGAUUUAGGAUUCAGAAUAUCACUUAAAUUUGUUAACCGUUUUGGAAUAGAAAGCAGGCCAAACUGUACAAAAGAUUCCGUGAUAAUUUAUGACUGGAAAGACGAAAAGUAUACUCAAGUCGCAAAAUUAUGUGGUAGAGAACUACCACCGUCAUAUAAUUCCACGUAUAAUCGUAUGAAAGUAGUAUUACAUACGGAUAAUGAUAUCAAUUUAUAUGGUUUUGAAGCUUUGUGGGAUAAUUUCUGUGGAGGAACAUAUGUAGCGACAGAAAAAAAACAAUAUAUUUACAGUCCCGGUUAUCCGUAUAGCUACAGGCCUAAUAUGGACUGCACGUACAAAAUUACAAAAUCAGCGCCAGGGCAAAAACUUGCAAUAAAAUUUUUGGAAUUUGAAAUAGAAGGUUCAUAUCCUAAUUGCGAUAGUGAUAAUGUUACAAUAACAUCAGAAGGUAAUUAUGAUUAUAUUUACGAAAUAUAUUGUGGAAAAGAAAUCCCUCAUUACACUCCCGGUUAUGAUGACGUAAUAAUAACAUUCAAAACAGAUACAUUUUUUCAAAAAAAAGGUUUCAAGCUAUCUUUCACAUUAUUUUCUUGUGGUGGUCAAAUAAGAGAACCCAAAGUUCUAACAGCAGUACCUCAAGGUAAUUAUUACAGUAAUAUGAAUUGUACAUGGUUUAUAGAAGGCCCAAAAAAUAAAAUAGUGACAUUAAAAAUUCUUUAUGUCGAUUUAGAAAAUAAUUAUUUGUGCAGUUCUGACUACUUAGCAGUGUUUGAUGGUUUGACUAUAGAAGACGACAAACGUCUAGCAUUAAUCUGCGGUAAUGACAAUUCUACGACUGUAAUCAGAAGCAGGGGCAACACUAUGGUGUUUCAGUUUGUUUCCGAUCGCAGUAUGGUAUACAGUGGGUUCAAAGCUCAUGUGUUCUUUAGUUACUUCGAGUCUAUGGGCUGUGGUGGAAAGAUUAACUUGAUGCCUUCUUCGUCUUAUAUUUUAAAGUCUCCAUUUAUUAACUCCAAAGUAGUUUAUGAAGAUUUCUUGGACUGUCACUGGUCAAUUUUAGCACCUCCUGAUUACUCCAUUAAAAUUCAAUUUACAUCAUUUCAUAUUGCACCUUGUCAGAACGUUAAUCAAACGGCUCUAGGUUAUAGUAAAUGUGACUGUGAUUCCGUAGAAAUAAAAAACGGUGUGAAUCCUGAUAGCUACAACAUAGGCACUUACUGUGGUCAUUUUUUACCACCACCACUUAUUACUUCUUCUAAUGAAAUGAGCGUAAGACUUUCCACAGACGGUGAGAUAGAAAGUUCUGGAUUUGAAGCUACUUUAACCGUCCAAAAAUCCCUGUGUGGACAAUCAGUUUUUAACUUGUCAUACGAAAUAAAGACUAUUAAGUCACCAGGUUACGAUAAAGCUCUUAUUCCAAGAUCAAUCCGAUGCAUCUAUCAAUUGAGAGCCGAUAACAUAAUGUAUAAUACUAUUCAUAUCCGUAUUGUUAACCUAGAGUUAAAGCCCAGUACAACACCCGAUGCAUGCGACAAAGAUAAAUUAGUAAUUAGUGUUUCUAAAUCUCUACAUAACACAUCUGUUGGAAAGGAUUAUAUUAUAAGAAACACAGAUGAAUUUUUUACUAACAUGAUUUCAAUGACCUCCUUGGUAGAAAUUAAGACACCUAAAGAAAUUACACUUUGUGGACUUAAUAAAAUGUCAGAUAUAUAUGUUAGUGGAAGUGUUAGUAUACAUUUAGAAACAUCUCCUGAUUAUGAUAGUACUCCGUACCGAGGCGUCGAGAUGGAGGUAUCUUUAUCUGGAUUCUGUGGUAGGAACUACACUGAAAGACAUGGUAGGAUAAAAAGAACAUACACACCUGGCGAUGGAAACACUGACGAUUGUUAUACCCUUAUUACAGCUCCUGAAAAUUAUACCAUAUCCCUAUACUUCCUAUCAGUUAUUCCAGAUUACUGGAAUAAAGAUGUCUUCUUAGCUAUUCACGAUGGUAACGUAACUGGCUCAACAAAACUGGCAAACAUUAAUACAGAAUAUUAUAACAAUCCAGUGUUCUCCACUGGGAGAUAUCUGUUGUUACAUAGCCAUCAAGUAACAGAUGUACAAAUUACUUACGAUGCGAACUAUGUUAUUACAAACAAAGGACGUGGAUGUGGAGGUCAGCUGUACAAUGAACAGGGCAUAGUUACCAGCCCGUUAUAUCCAGAAAUUUAUCGUAAGAAAAACAAAUGCGAAUGGGAACUUGAAACUCCCUUAGGUACACGUAUAGCCUUGCAUUUCAGCGUCUUCGACUUAGGCACAGAUUGCGAUAAUAACUAUGUGGAAUUAGUAGAUCGACAAGGUAACACUAUAUCAACUUACUGUUCCGAAACCCCCGCAGAUUAUAUAAGUACUGAAACGUAUGUAAAAAUUGUAUUCACAACAACUGUAAAUAACGGUGGCUCAGGGUGGGUAGCGGAGUUUGUUGGAAUUUUGUAAUAAACCGUUAUGAAAUUAAAUAAAACAAUCAAACUAAUUCUAAUAAAUGUACGGGGCCGAAAAUUUAUUUAUUCUGCGUGGGCAAAGUCACGGAAGACGUGUAGUAGUACUAGAUUCAUAUGGGCAAACAAAUUAUACAUGACCAAUAUUCAUAGCAAAUUGCUUUAAAUUUGUCCUAUAAACAUGUAAUUGGUCUACAAGUCGUAGACCAACUUAGUUGUUGAUAACAAUGUCGUUAGUAACUACUAGUGUUAAGCUGCUUAUUGAUUGUAAACUUGUGUAAUAAUAAGAAAGUUUGUAAAUACAAUAGUUAAAUUUAUUUCUUUUUGUCCUUCAGUAUCAUGUAAUUGUAAUAUUUAUAA